CUGGAUCUGGUAUCACAUGGACUGGCUCUCAUUGAUUUGGGUCAGAGCAUCGAUAUGACCCUCUUCCCAAAAGGAACAGCUUUCAAAGCAAAGUGUGAAACCUCUGGAUUUCAGUGCGUGGAAAUGCUGACCAAUAAGCCCUGGAACUAUCAGACAGACUACUUUGGCAUAGCUGGAACAGUUUACUGCAUGCUGUUUGGCAACUACAUGAAAGUCCGUGAGGAGUGCGGUGCUUGGAAGACAGAAGGAACUUUUAGACGAUUGCCAAAUGGGGAGCUGUGGGUAGAAUUUUUCCAUACCUUGUUGAAUAUCCCAGACUGUCACAGCCUAUCACCCCUCCAAGCCCUGCGAGAGAAACUCACAAGGAGUUUCCAGAUGGUGUAUGCAAACAAAGUAAAAUCCCAGCGCAACAGACUUGUCAUCCUACUUCUGGAAAACAAGCCUACGAGGAAAUAA